CGGUUGGUCCAAAGAGCUCCCUCUACUUGGAUGCUAUCUUUGGGUCCCAGACAGAGAAGAAGACGGCGAGAAUUUAAUUAUAGACUAACCGUUACCCCGUGGUUAAAUGCACCUGAAUUCGCGCCCGUCGUAUAUUUUUUUUGCAUCCAUAUUUCGUAAAUUUUGAUUGCCUGUUAACAUGAAGUAAUUAAAUUACUUGGGCAGGAUUAUUACUAAGAAACUAAUUUUGCGGUAAAUUAAGAAGCUAUCGCUAUUCAGUACUGCUUCGACUUGCGCACAAAUUAACAGUUGAGAUACGGCUACUAUUAUAAAGACAUAUCCAGUUUGACUAUAUUUUCCAAAAACGACAACUCUGUGUUUUAUUUGUUACAGUGGUAUAACACUUUCACAUUUGCAUAAAUCAUAUUUUCUUCAGGUGAUGGUGAUUCCGUAAUAAUUGUGGAUGGUGUUGAAGAUGGAGGUAACCAGAAAUUAUUUACGUCUGAGGUUGGCACUAUUAAGGUAAUUAAGUAUGGAUGCAGGGUAUUAUACCAAUUGUUUGUUAUUCUUUUUAGUGUGUGACGACCGACAAAGAGAGGACAGAGACUCACAAAAUGCAGAAAGUAAGUGCACCAUUUUAUGAAUAAAUUUUGAUAAUCAAUAAUAAUAAUGAUAAUAAUAUUACGCUAGUCCUCGCUUGAGUUUCUAUAAGAUGGAUAUACUUUAUAAGCGAUCAAUUUACAUUUAUUAAUUGUUGAGAAAAAAAUAUAAUAUUUGUUCUCUUUAGACGCUAACGAUUCCAUAAAAUUCGUUAUUAAUAACGAUAGAAAAGGUAACAGCAUUAUCGUUUGCGCAAUUUUGAUGUGUUUGUGUCAUUUUAGGUAUGCACGCGAAUGUCUCAGUUUAUUGAAAAUGUAGUUUGGAUCAAUUUAUAUCUUGUUGCUUCUAGGAUAUACGACAACUGGUGAUAAUGAGUGUAAGUGCUUCGGAUACAACUCUUCGAAAAUUUUACUGAAAUAUUUGUACAUUAAUCUACCAAGGGAAUGAAGGGGUGGACAAGAAUAACUAUAAAAUUUUUUACGGAAUUUGAAAUGGAUCGUACAUGGAGCAUUUUGUGAAAGUAUUUGAAAAAAGACAAAAACAAACUAAAGGAUAUAAGGAACAAUGUUUCUCAUAGUUAAUCAAAGUUAUGUCGGUUAUUAACCUACUUUUUGAUUCCAGUGACAGAGUGCAACAUUUUUAACAUCGAAAUGAAUCAAUUAUCCGAUAGUACAAUUACCAACUACUUCGGUGAGUACUGUAAUUGAUUAAAAUAAAUGACUCUGUUUUGUCCUUACUACGUACGCUGGCCUUUGGAUGCGGAACUGGUUCUUAUUAAAACAGGAUGACCUAUUUAAAGAGUGCGUUUGCAGUUAGGACAGGUAAAAUAUUGACAAAAGACUGUCGCACUUUCAAAAAAACUGUGUCAUAAGAUGGGACAGGCCUAACUGCGAAAAAGGGCUCUAACCCUUUCAAAAAAGACGCUAAAAAUUUACCUACGUGAAAAAAAUGACGUAAGAUAAAAAUCAAAGUAAAAGGUACCUAGCUAGAUUAAUACAAACCAUACUGUGGUUGUUAACUUUGUCGCCAGAUAUUAAAAAACACCGAACUCACAAACUCCUGUGGGGAUGUCACAAGUUAGCCAUGGCCCGUCAAGCGCAGUGUGUUUAAAAAUGGGCAGUCCGUUUAUAGACGCGUCGUGUCUUAAGUUGGGUCAGAAUAAUUUUAUUUGAGCUCUUAUCAUUGUUUACUUUGAAUUUGUUUUUUUAGAUAAAAAUGACCAGAGAAGAGGUAACAAUUAUAACACACGUAGACUUGACAAAUAAUAGUUUGAAAGUAUAUUAUCUAUGUUACAAGUAUAACAAUGACAUUAUCUAUUUGUUUACUAGCAAACGAAAUUAGCAAGUGUUGUGUAAAUGCUAGUACAAGUGAAAUUUUGGCGAAGUUGAGAGCGCAACCUGAAAAUAAUAUCAUACUGUCCAUGCUGGGUUCUAAAACAAAAAUUCGAACCUACCAACUGAAAGAAACAUUGGAGGAUAGCGUUGGAGACGAUGUUAUAUUCGAGUAUUUGAAGAUAGUGGCAACAAGUAUGAAUGAUAAAAACAUUAAAGUUACUUCGCCCGGAGAAUUGAUAACAGAUGAAACAUAUCUGCCAAAGGGCACGCAAAAUAUCGAAGAACUGAUGGCGCUCGAUCUGUUGAUCUCGUGUAAUGUUCACAACUAUCACUGGACACUAACAGCGGUUUUCCCCAAACAAAAAAUGAUUUCCCAUCUUAAUCCUAUGGGUGAAGAAGUUAGCGCGUUAAAUGGCGUGCUAAAUAAAUGGAAUGCCUAUCUGGAAAGGAAAUACGGGCUAAAGGAAAUAUGGCCUCUGCAAACGAUUCCUCACGCAAAACAACAAGACAGCGUAUCUUGUGGGAUAUUUUGCGCAAAGUUUGCUGAGUGUAUUAUGAGCAAUCAGAAAAUCCCCGUUGAAUUUACCAAAAACGAAGUCAUCGAGUUUCGAAAUGACAUUGUGAGAAAAUUGCUUCAAGAGGGAGAAAAAGAUGAGACCUGGCAUUUAAAGUUUUGCAGACUGUGUGGAUCCCUUGAUGGUCCAAAAAAGAACAAGGGUCAAACAACGGAUCGUUGGGUCCGAUGCGACAACUGCAUUCCCCAACGUUGGUAUCACGUUCUUUGCACCAACGUUGUCAUUAAUGAAGAAGGCAACAAUCCGUUUUCGUGUAAAGAUUUAGUCAAUAUUCAUACUUUGGAGACGCCAAAUGCAACUAAGGCACACGUCCCAGUUACAUUAGCCGAAAAAGGAAUAAUAAAACUCAAGAAACGCACAAAGCGUAUUAAAAAAUGUCAUGGUUGUGGCUUAGAAUUUAAGAGAGAAAUCGUUUACCCCGACAAUUUUUGCCUUGUCACAAUGCUGGAACGCUUAAUCCGUGGGGAAAAGGCUCCAAGUGGUGUGAAAAAAAUGACAACCGUACAUUUUCACGUAAGAAAAGAAUGUUUACGGAAAAAGAAGCUGGAGCCCCGUGUGUUUUUACCGGAUCAUAUCAAUGUGACCGAAGAACAAAAAAAGAUAUAUAAAAAAGACGGCAUAUGUAUGUAAUAUUUGUGUGUUUUUACAAGAAAUUCAUCUUUUUCAUUUACUUAUCUGCGUAACGCUUUGUUAUAUGUUCUUUGUGUUAGAAAUAGAAAAAGCAAUCAUUAAGUAUAGAAAGGGGGUUAAAGAGUUUAUAUUUAUCAGUUCAUUGUCAAUUGUAGAAAGAUCAUUUUAUUCACGGAGUUUGUAUCACCCCUUAAUGAAAAAAGAAAGCUAUGGCCCGAUAAAUAAUAUAUUGUACUGUCGCUAUUUACUAUAUAGCGUAGCUAGGAAAAUCGUUUUGACAAAUUCUAUAUAAUGUUC